AACGGGCCUCAUUUCCACCCCAGCCGUCCUCGCAUCCUCAGACACACUGGGGACUGUGUUGGUCCUGCCCCAGCUGCUCACCCACCUCCUCACGUGUCCCCACAGGAUGCUAUUGUCGCUGUGACGGGGGAUGGAGUUAACGACUCUCCGGCUCUAAAGAAGGCAGACAUUGGGAUUGCCAUGGGGAUCGCAGGUUCUGACGCAGCCAAAAAUGCAGCCGACAUGGUCUUGCUGGAUGACAACUUCGCGUCCAUAGUCACAGGGGUGGAGGAAGGCCGCCUGAUCUUUGACAACCUGAAGAAGACUAUCGCGUACACCCUGACCAAGAACAUCGCUGAGCUCUGCCCCUUUCUUAUCUACAUCAUCGCCGGCCUGCCCCUGCCCAUUGGCACCAUUACUAUCUUGUUCAUCGACCUGGGCACAGAUAUAGUAAGUAGCAGGAAAGGCAGCAGGCUCUGAUAACUUCCCCGGGGUGUCAGUCUCAGAG